ACUGACUUAGUUCACGAGCCAUGCAUCAAACCGACGCACGUUUUAAUUAAUUAGGGCUAAACAAAUUACUUAUAAUGAAGUAUGUGACUUUCAUUCUAGUUUUGUGCGUAAUAAGUGUAUUUGGUAGAGUAGCUGAAGUUAAAAAAGAUGAACUAAAUAAUUUAAUAGUAGAUGAGAAACCAGUUAAAACUCAACAAAGUAUUGUAAACAAUACGGUUGAGGUGAAUAUUGUGAAUAAUAAUACCGAUAACAAGGUUCACGAGAAACCGAUUGAUGAAAACACGAAUGUUACGAAGAAAACGUGCGACACACGAGUCGAAGAUAACCUACUAGAUGCCAAUCAUACUAAUACAAAUACUACAAGUAGUAAUAAACCUUGUGAACCAGAAGCUAGAGUUGAUAAUGGAACAGCGUUGAUAUUGACUCCAUACCUGAAGGAAGGUAAAGCGAGGGAGGCGAAAAGGGCUGCUAGAGUGGAUUCAAAACUUUUCUUGGGAUUCAAGAGUUACUCUGGCUUCCUAACGGUGAACGAAACAUAUAAUUCGAACAUUUUCUUCUGGUACUUCCCGGUGUUAAAUAAGCCAGUGAACGAGAGCCCAUGGAUCAUCUGGCUCCAAGGAGGGCCAGGAGCCUCCAGCUUGACUGGACUUUUCGAUGAAAUUGGACCGUUUACCGUAGUGAACUCAACUUUGAAACGGAACCCUCACACAUGGCUGCAUAACCAUUCCCUGCUGUUCAUUGACAAUCCCGUCGGCACUGGCUACAGCUUUACUGAACAUAACAAGGGAUUCACUACGAAUAUGGCUACGUACUCAAACCACCUCUUCAUUGCUCUGAAGCAGUUUUUGCAAAUAUUCCCUGAACUGAAGACGGUACCGUUGUACUUAGCCGGUGAAUCUUAUGCUGGGAAAUACGUUCCUGCUAUGGCGAUGGAAAUACACAAACGAAAGGAAAAACUAGGUUCUGAAAUCAAUCUACAGGGUCUUAUAAUUGGCAACGCAUACGUGGAUCCUGAGGUGAUAUCCCAUAUCGCUUUGCCCUUCCACUACUUCGGUCUACUGGAGAAAGAGCAGCUUGAGAUGAUAAAGCCUCUGAUCGACGCGUUCCAGGAGUCAAUCAGGAAGAACAAUAGCAUUGAGGCUAAAAAUAAAUGGAACAUUCUAGUAUCAGUUCUCCUCUUCAUAUCCAGCCAGAAGCACGGUUACAACUUCCUUAGUGACGACCUCCUUGUCGGGAAGUAUGUCAGCUUUCUGAAGACUACACCUGUCAAGAGAGCUAUCCACGUUGGUGACAUCAACUUCGAAUGGGUUAACAUGACUGUAAACGUGAAUUUGGCACCAGACUUCUUGAGCUCUACUAAACCUAUGUUUGAAAGACUUUUGGAACAUUAUCGAGUGCUUGCUUAUUGGAGUUCUCCCCGUGAAGAGGACGGAAUUAAAUAUACUUUGGAGCCGCUCGAGAAUCGGUUUUCCCCCUGCCUUAAGGAGCUCCGUCGUAAUUCCGUCCUCACCGGGGGCUUUUCCAUUUUUAAGCUGCCCCAAAGCCACCCCGAUUUCGUCUUGGCUGACCUCUGGCAGCUCUUCAGUGAAGUGGCGGACAAGUGUGGCCCUGGGAUCCCCCGAAAACAAUCUUUUAUUUCCAGGUAUCACAAAACUGGUGGUCGUUUGACUGAGGUCGUAUUCCGAGGAGCUGGUCAUAUGGUGCCGCUAGACAAACCAGCUCCUGCAGAGAACUUGGUAGCUCGGUGGACACACAGCAAACCGCUCAGCCGUCGAUACGGACUGCUCGAAGGAUCAUACAUCCAAGAAUACAUCAGAAACAACACCAUAUUCCACUACCUCUGAUCAUAUCGUCCCAUUAGUAGAAUAAUGUUCUAUUUGCAAAUUGUCGACUUUUCAGUAGAGCGAUUAUAAAUUUCGCGCGCAC